AUCGCAAGGGUUCGCUGCAUAGUUCCAAGCUCAUUGUUCUGUGGCAGUCGGAGCAAUGCACAUUAUUGAAUUUGCGCUGCGAGCGCGAACCGAAGACGUCAUGUCUACUGUAUACCAAUCACGUGCCCAACAGAUACCCGUCGCCAUCCGUGGCCUUGGCAUUUUCGCUCCAGCUCCUUGUCCUGGACUGUCCUCAACUUUCAAUUAUUAUAGUUCGUGCACGAGCAUGAUCAUUCCAGUUCGGUGUUUCUCUUGCGGAAAAGUGGUCGGGGACAAAUGGAACGCAUAUCUGGACCUGUUAGGAAAGGAUGUUAGUGAAGGUGAUGCUCUUGAUGAACUCCAGUUGAAAAGAUAUUGCUGUCGGCGUAUGGUAUUAACUCAUGUGGAUUUGAUUGAAAAACUCCUGCAUUACAAUCCAAUGGAGAGGUCCAAGGAGAAGGUCUAGACAAAACGAGCUUGGAGAUGCUCCCGGACACCAUGACCUGUAUUUCAUUUGUUCUCAAGUUGUACGAUACGCAACCCACAAUUAAUCAUCUCUCGAUCUCUUGUUA